AUGACGAGGAAGAAAGUGAAGCUGGCUUACAUUGUGAACGACUCCGCAAGAAAGGCGACGUUCAAGAAGAGGAAGAGAGGGCUUAUGAAGAAGGUGAGUGAAUUGAGCACCCUUUGCGGGAUUGAGGCAUGCGCCAUCGUGUUUAGCCCCUACGAUGCUCAGCCCGAGCUGUGGCCUUCCCCCAUCGGCGUCCAGCGCGUUCUCUCUCAAUUCAAGAAGAUGCCCGAGAUGGAGCAGAGCAAGAAAAUGGUGAACCAAGAGACGUUUCUGCGGCAGAGGAUCGCCAAGGCCAAUGACCAACUGAAGAAGAUGAGAAAGGACAACCGGGAGAAAGAGAUGACGCGGCUGAUGUUUCAAAGCCUCACCGCUGCCAAAGGCCUGCAUGCACUCAACAUGCUUGACUUGAACGACCUCACUUGGCUCAUUGAUCAAAAUCUCAAAGACAUUACUAAACGCAUUGACUCCCUCAAGAAGCCUCCCCCCCACUCUCAGCCACACCCUCACCCUCACCCUCAGCCGCCUCCCCCGCCGCAGACCGCCGCGUGGCUUAUGGAGCUUGUCAGCCCUCAGGACCAAAUGGGGUUCGUGGCGGAUGACAUGCUCUUGCCCUUCGGGGAUCAAACUUAUAGCCAUAAUAAUGCAAUGUGGUCAAAUGCCUUUUUCCCUUAG